GACACCUUCGGCCUUCGCUGUCUCCAGAACUGCAGCUGCCUGAAUGGAGGCAGGUGCAAGGCGACGGACGGGGAAUGCGAGUGUCGGCCCGGCUGGAUGGGUCCCCGCUGCCUGGAGGCCUGUCCCGAAGGAUAUUUUGGGGUCCAGUGCGAGAAGCCGUGCCAUCCCGUCGAUGGUUGCACCGGCAAGUCCGAGAACAAGGGCCGAGAAAGCGAGAUCCGCCGCUCCGACCCCGAGUCGAGGGGCUUCGGCGUUCUGUCGAUAAUCGGGAUCGUGGGAAUUUCAGUGACGACGCUCAUCAUCGUCCUGGUGGCUGGGCUCAUAUUCUCCAUCAGGAAGGGAUUUCGGCCCGUCGAGAAUGGGCCGAGGAAAGUUCGGCCCUGCGUUUCUUCCUCUGGUUUUCGCAGAAAUCUGCCGCCUCCGCCAAAAAAUGGGAAUAGGUUUGGGGUCGAUUAUGUCAGGUCCAAAUGGUCGGUCGAAGAGCCGACGGUUGGUGCAAGGGGCUCCAAGCGUCAAAAUGAAUCGCGGCGCUGCCGUCGUUUCGACGUGUUGCCUGUCGGGGACCGCAACGUGUUGCCUGUCGGGGACCGCAACGUGUUGCCUGUCGGGGACCGCAACGUGUUGCCUGUCGGGGACCGCAACGUGUUG